CUGCUGCCGCGGGUGCUCUUGGUGCAGAGGGCGCCUCCUCCAUUGUGCAGCUGGACGUGGAGUCCCUGCUCCCGUCCGCAGCCGCUCCUUGCCCCACCCCUCAAGCAGAGCAAAAACAAGGUGCCGCGCCGCCCACAAGGAUGCCCGUCGUGCACCAGCACGGCCCGUGCUCGCCGCUGGCCGACAACAGGAACGGGAAGGCGCCGUCCCACGCGGAGAUCCUCGCCGCGGACCAGCGCCGCGCCGAGUACAUCCACCGCCGCGUGGCCGAGACCACCGGGCGGGCGAGACGACGGAAGCAGGGCGCACCGGUCGAGCUCCGGCCCGGCACGCCGCCGUCGUCGAUCGUCGUCCCCUCGUCGUCCUCCGCCACGUCGACGACGGACCUGCCGGCGUCGUACGGGGUCGCGCUGGGCACGGGAAACUACGUGGUGCCCGUCCGCCUCGGCACGCCGGCGGAGCGGUUCACGGUGGUGUUCGACACCGGCAGCGACACGACGUGGGUGCAGUGCCAGCCGUGCGUGGCCUACUGCUACCGGCAGAAGGAGCCUCUCUUCGACCCCACCAAGUCCGCCACCUACGCCAACAUCUCCUGCUCCUCGUCCUACUGCUCCGACCUCUACGUCAGCGGCUGCUCCGGCGGCCACUGCCUGUACGGCAUCCAGUACGGCGACGGCUCCUACACCAUCGGCUUCUACGCCCAAGACACCCUCACCCUGGCCUACGACACCAUCAAGAAUUUCCGGUUCGGGUGCGGCGAGAAGAACCGUGGGCUGUUCGGGAGGGCGGCGGGGCUGCUGGGCCUCGGCCGCGGCAAGACGUCGCUGCCGGUGCAGGCGUACGACAAGUACGGCGGCGUGUUCGCGUACUGCCUCCCGGCGACGUCGGCCGGGACGGGGUUCCUGGACCUGGGGCCGGGCGCGCCGGCGGCGAACGCGCGCCUGACGCCGAUGCUGGUGGACAGGGGCCCGACGUUCUACUACGUGGGGAUGACGGGCAUCAAGGUGGGCGGGCACGUGCUGCCCAUCCCGGGCUCCGUCUUCUCCACCGCCGGCACGCUGGUGGACUCCGGCACGGUGAUCACGCGGCUCCCGCCGUCGGCGUACGCGCCGCUGCGGUCGGCGUUCUCCAAGGCGAUGCAGGGCCUGGGGUACAGCGCGGCCCCGGCGUUCUCGAUCCUCGACACCUGCUACGACCUGACGGGGCACAAGGGGGGGAGCAUCGCGCUGCCCGCGGUGUCGCUGGUGUUCCAGGGCGGCGCGUGCCUGGACGUGGACGCGUCGGGGAUCCUGUACGUGGCGGACGUGUCGCAGGCGUGCCUGGCGUUCGCGCCCAACGCUGACGACACCGACGUGGCCAUCGUCGGGAACACGCAGCAGAAGACGCACGGCGUACUGUACGACAUUGGCAAGAAGAUCGUCGGGUUCGCCCCGGGAGCUUGCUGAUCCGGCCAUGGUUUGUGAAAAACUCCAGAUCAUCUGCAUCCACCAAAGUGGUCAGUGUUUCACAAAUGCAGACUGAAGAUUCGUACUUCGUGUCUGUAAGAUGGUACACUUUGUUUGAAAAAGAAGAACGGGAUAAGUUUAAACCACCUCUUCAAU